CGCCGGAGAUAGGCUGGGCUGCAAAGGAAUGCUACGCUUGCGCACAUAGCGGAAAGAGGAUCUGUGGUGCGCAUGCGUAGAGAAAUCAUGCACGGUCUUGGCGCUGCUGGUGAUGUGCUGGUGCUGUGAGUGGCUCUAGAUUCGGGAGCGCCCCCCCCCCCCCCCCUUGUCACGUGAUAUUACAGCGGGCUCGAAGAUGCUGAGGAGCCGAGUCUGAGAAGCGCCAGUUUGUUUUUUUUCCCUGAGGAGAUGAAGUUGCCGAUGUGUCAGCCAGUUUUAAAGCUUCUCCAUUCGUGAGACCCUCCAUGUUAGUCCUCUCUGCCGGAAGACUGAGCAUAUUGUCAGAUGAACCUCACAUAGUCACCAGAAUCUCAAGAAGAUUGCUGGAUUAUUUUAGGAAUGGCUGGAAAACAGGAAGACGAUGACCCACUACUUAUCUUAGAAGAAAAUGGAGGUUUUGGAGAUGCUUCUGGUGAGGACACAAACAGUGAUGUGGCUUUAGAUCGAGAUGAGUAUGAAAGCCACACUAUCGCCAUGGACCAAAUACCAGCAUUGCACGAGUUAGAUUUGAGCUGGGAGACUCGGUAUCAAGAAGCUUCCAUCUACCUCCAGGAAGGAAAAAAUAAUGACAAGUUUGACACACAUCCCCGGGACCCAAAUGCACUUGCUGCAUACCUCUUUGCCCAUAACCAUUUGUUUUACAUGCUGGAACUGAGCACUGGGCUUCUGCUGCUCCUGCUAUCGCUGUGUGAGGCCCCAGCAGUCCCCUUUCUCCGCCUUGACGUCUACGUCCAUGCCACUCUGGAACUACUUACCCUGGUUUUUGUGGUGUUUGAACUUAGCAUGAAGAUGAGAUGGCUUGGGUGUCAUAACUUCUUGAGACACCGCAGGACCAUGCUAAAGAGUUGUGUUUUAUUGGUUCAGUUUGUGGAAGCUAUUGUGGUGCUCAUAAGACAGACCUCCCAUGUGCGUGUAACAAGAGCCCUGCGACCUAUUUUCUUAGUGGACUGCAGAUAUUGUGGGGCAGUCAGAAGGAAUCUGCGCCAGAUUUUCCAGUCUCUGCCACCAUUCAUAGAUAUUCUGCUGCUCCUUUUAUUUUUCAUGGUCAUUUUUGCAAUCUUGGGAUUUUACCUGUUUUCUCCAAAUCCUUCGGAUCCAUAUUUCAGCACACUGGAAAAUAGUCUUGUGAGCCUAUUCGUUCUUCUGACUACUGCCAAUUUUCCAGAUGUCAUGAUGCCAGCUUAUUCACGCAACCGGUGGUCCUGCAUCUUUUUUAUUGUUUACUUAUCAAUUGAACUGUAUUUCAUCAUGAAUUUGCUUUUGGCGGUUGUGUUUGAUACAUUCAAUGACAUAGAGAAAAAAAAGUUCAAGUCUCUGCUUUUGCACAAGCACACAGCCGCCCAGCACAGCUACCAGCUACUGGUUAACCCACAGGGCCCCCAAGGAAUCUCAUUCCGUAAUUUUGAUGGCAUGAUGAGGUACUACAAGCCCGGCAUGUCGGCUCGCGAUCGAUACCUUUGCUUCAGGGCCUUGAAACAGAGCAGCGCAGACCAUCUCCGAUUGAAAGACUUUUACCAUUUCUAUGAAGUGGUAGACCUGAAAUGGAAGGUACAGCGUAUUCGUGAGCAUUGGUUUGAUGACCUUCCUCCUACAGCUCUUCUUAUAUUUAAAGGCAUUAACAUCUUGGCAAAUUCAAGAGCAUUCCAAUAUUCUGUGUAUGUUGUAGUGGCUAUUAAUGGAUUCUGGAUUUUGAUUGAAACAUUUAUGGUGAAAGGGGGCAACUUCUUUACUCAAGGCGUUCCAUGGAGCUACAUUGUUUUCCUUACUAUUUAUGGGGUAGAAGUCCUCCUGAAAGUAACUGGAUUGGGCCCAUUCGAAUACUUUAAAUCUGGCUGGAACCUCUUUGAUUUUUCUGUGACCUUGCUGGCACUGCUUGGACUCCUAGCUCUGGCCCUUAAUAUGAAGCCUUUCUACUUUAUUGUAGUCCUGAGACCUCUGCAGCUACUCAGGCUUUUUAAAUUGAAGAAGAGAUACAGAACAGUUUUAGAUACCAUGUUUGAGUUGCUACCAAGAAUGGCCAGCCUAGGCCUAACACUACUUAUUUUCUACUAUUCCUUUUCAAUUGUGGGCAUGGAGUUCUUCUCAGGGGUGCUGUAUCCCAAUUGCUGCAAUACUAGCACAGUGGCAGAUUCUUAUCGUUUCCUUAACCAUACCGUGGGCAACCAUACUCUGAUGGAUGAAGGUUACUACUAUUUAAAUAACUUUGACAACAUCCUCAUCAGCUUUGUAACAUUAUUUGAACUGACAGUGGUGAAUAACUGGUAUAUAAUCAUGGAAGGAGUGACAUCUCAGACAUCACACUGGGCACGCCUUUACUUCAUGGUGUUUUAUAUUGUCACUAUGGUUGUAAUAACCAUCAUCAUUGCCUGUAUCUUGGAUGCCUUUGUAUUCCGGAUGAAUUACGGCAGAAAGAAUAAAGAUGCAGAAGAUGAGAAAGGCAUUACUUUGGAGGAAGAGGUAGGCAGAGAGGAGUUGACGGGUAUUCUUAGACAUGCACAAACCAAUGAUGAGAAAAGCCAGCUGCGAAAACUGCUGUCACACUUACAGGCCAGCGAGGCUGCUUCUGUUGUUUUUGUGGGCAAAAGAUCCCAAACGAAGAGUGAUCUCAGCAGGAAGAUGUAUGAGGAAGAGAUUCAGGAAUGGUACCAAGAACAUGCCCGGUCGCUGGCAAGGAAAAUUGUGGAGUUGCAGCCUACGCAGGGAGUGCUUCGACCUCGUUCCAGUACUGUUAACUAAGCAUGUUCUCCACCUACUACUUGUAUGACUAUGCAAUUUUAACUGUGCUCUGAGAGCUAGUAACAAAAAAUCUAAGCCAGGGGUGUGUAAUGAGACAUGUCUCCAGUGGCAGCCUUCCACUCUCGUGUGUUCGAAGAAUCAUUAAAGGCUAAUUCCACCUUUUGCGCCAUGUUACACCUAUAUUUAAAAUGUAACGUGUGAAUUGGACCCCCCAAUCUCCAGUGACGGCAUGCCAGGGGUUCUCCUCCACUCAGCUGCUGCCACCCUGGCUAUGCGGGGGUUCCACCCGCAAACCCAAGUAAAUUAAUUAAAAGUCCCAUCUGCCUCCGUGGUAGACAGAUCAUUCGAAGGACAAAUUAACAAACAUAAUUCAAUAUGAAUCAUAAUCAUGACUUAUAAAGGGUUUAUAGGGACAGAUUAAAUUAUUGCUAGCUUUACAAACAGGUCACAUAGGCUUUGAUUUGUUUGGUAGAUUUUACUUUUCUGUCAUAAUCCUACAAAAUAUAUCGACCCUUUAUAGCACAAGGGCAUUCUCCCACUGAAGACAAUCAGACCUAGCCUUGUGUGCUCCUGUGUUGGUCCCUACUCCAAUCCCAAUAUCUAGCUCUCUCCAGCAGUGAGAUGAAGCACGUCUAUAUACAGAUGCCUAUAUUUGUAACAUGUUAAUAAAUUUCUUUUAUAAUAACUUUUAA